AUGAAUCUAACAGGGUCCCAACCGGCCCGGGUCCAGCCCGGCCGCGUCAACUACCGGAUGCCACCAGCGGCGCCGAGCCGGAGGAAGCGACCACCCAUGGAGCAGCCCGCGGCGGCAGGAGACGGCGCUCGCCAGAAGAAAUCCUCCGCGGCCAAGAAGGCGAAGAAGGGCGGCGCCACCGGUAACGGCACCGCCAGCGGCAGCGGCGGGGCAUGGCCGGCGAUAAAGCCAAAGAAGGAUCUCCAGGUCAAUCGCCUCAAGGGCACGCAGCUCCUCACCGUCCCUGAUUUCCUCACCUCCGCUGAGGCGAAGUCUUUCAUCGACAUCGCUGAAACAAUGGGCUUCACACACCAGGGCAGUCUCGGGCCACUCAAGGGGGAAGCCUUCAGAGAUAAUGACCGGAUAUCUGUCACGGAUCCCUUGCUCGCUCAAACCCUCUGGGAAACAGGGAUAAACAGAAUAUUCACGGACAUCAAUAUCGCUGGCAAAGUGGCAACCAGCUUGAAUCCAAACAUCAGACUUUACAGGUACGUUGAAGGGCAGCGCUUUGGUAGGCAUAUCGAUGAGAGCGUCAACCUUGGGGAUGGUUCCAGGACACAGUAUACAUUGCUAAUAUACCUUUCUGGCAAGGGGAGCGCGAAAGAUUCGCAAGCUCUUGUUGGAGGGGAGACUGUCUUCUAUGAUCACCGGGGGGGAAUUGUUGCUGAGGUUGCCCCAGUGCAAGGAAUGGCUCUACUCCACCUACAUGGUGCCAGGUGCAUGCUGCAUGAAGCUCGGGUCGUGAAGAAGAAUGUCAAGUACGUGCUUCGUUCAGAUGUUGUAUUUGCUUAGCUGAAGAAGCAAUUCAACCUGGUUUCAGACCAAGUUUGUGAUAUGUGAAUCUUGUGAUAUGUCUGAGGAUAGGAGUCCCAAAGUGGAACUUGAAAUUGUGGGAAAUGCCCACCUAGCAUAAAAAAUGUACGCUAUCUUUGCACCAUUGUGGAAGGGUGUUGUAACUGUUGCAAUGUUGGGAAUGCUGACUGACGGGAAGUUCCAUUCUAUUGUCUAUCAUUGCA